AUGGCAAAUGAUUUUGUCUACAAGAUUGCUGGGAUCGGCUCAAUCAAGCUCAGGACACAUGAUGGUAGAUUCUGCACAUUGAACGAGGUUAGGCAUGUUCCAUCAAUGACGAAGAAUUUGAUAUCCAUGAGUCUUCUGGACAGUAGAGGGUUUAAAUAUUCGGGUGGUGAUGGAGUUCUGAAUGUCUGCAAGGGUUCUGAUGUGAUUCUGAAGGGUUUCAUGAACGGUACUCUAUAUUUGCUGAAGGGUACUACCGUUACAGGUUCAGCAAAUGUUGCAUCACCAGAGAUCUCAGAGGAAGAUAUGACUAAGCUGUGGCAUAUGAGGCUUGGACAUAUGAGUGAACGUGGGAUGCAACUUCUGCCGAAGCAAGGUCUUCUUUGUGGUCACAAGACCAAGAGUCUAGAGUUCUGUGAGCACUGCGUAUUUGGGAAGCUGCAUCGAAAGAGCUUUCGCAAGGCAAUUCAUAGAACAAAAGGCACACUCGAUUACAUCCAUUCAGACUGUUGGGGUCCAUCCAGAGUAUAG